GACUGCGAUCAGCACCUUUCGGCAGAUGCUCCGAGUGGGAUUUUGCGCAGGCACUCGGCCAGAACGCUUGAGCGGUGGUUGUGGUCGAUGAGCGGUCCCAAGGCCACCGCAGGGUGGACAAGUCCAACGAAUUUCCAGCGAGAACGUGCGCAGGAGACGACGUCGCCGGGCCGGGGGGCGCUGGCAACGUCGGGACUGUCAUUCAACGGCCCAGACCACGAUGUGCUUGAGCUGCCGUAGCGCAGUUACAUAAGGAGCCUCCGUGACCUUUGUUGAAGCGCUGCCCGCACUGUGCUGGUGGUACCGGUGCGUGCAGGACGAGGCUUUGCUGCGCUCUGCCACUCCCGCGCCCUGCGUCACAACCUCAUUCGGUUCCCUCUUGCCUGUGUCACUCUCGCCCUCUCAACACACGCCCCUCUACUUGUCCUUCUUCCUCCCCGUCCUCGGUCCUCUCCUCCAUCCUCGCCUUCUUCCCCGCUCUCAACCGCCUUUCCCUCUCGCCAUCUCCGACGCUUCCUCGACGUCUCCUCCUUCGACGUCCUCCUCGUCUUGCUAGCUCAUUGCCACUUCCACUCCGCCCUGCAAAGCAUACCCGUCUCAAAGCCGUCCACCGCUGAACCCUACCGCUACACUCUAGACACGCCGCGGGACUACAGAAUCGAACGACGACAUACGUACCAACGCAAGACGAACCCUGCUCUCCGAACCGAACGCUUUGCCUUCGCCUCUUUUCCCCCACCUUGACGCUCGCGCGCUGACCCAACCUAAGCGCAACCCACCUCCUUCUCGCUCUGCUGAGCAUUUCGAUCUUCCUUUUUCCGUUCGUCAACUCACCCACCCGCCCAACAUGCGUGCUCCCCGCAGCCUCUCCCGGCGUUUUUCAGAUGCCGGUGAUUCCACUUCCUCCGCGUCGACCUCGCCUGAGCGGGGUGCCAUAGACGACGACAAUGAUUCCCUCAUGAUUCACGAGAAUGACUCCGCUUCCUCCCUCACUCCUUCCGAGGAAGAAGACAUCAGCGACUCUCUUGCGCAGGAAAUGGCAGAGCGUUUCCGCGUGUCGCCCAUCAGCAAGCUCCCCGCCGAGCUCAUGAUCUGCAUAUUCCAGAAGAUGGGCUCUGCUUCCGACCUCAAAAAUUGCAUGUUGGUCUCGAAGGAGUGGGCUCGCAACAGCGUCGGUCUGCUUUGGCACCGCCCACAGACGGGCAACUGGGCGGCACUGCAAUGCGUCAUAAAGUCGUUGCGCUGCGCCAAUGCUGCGUUUGACUAUCCACACCUGGUCAAGAGAUUGAAUCUAUCGAGCAUGGGCGUGCAGGUUAGCGACGGGACUCUGCAGCCCUUUCAGAACUGCAAGCGCAUCGAGCGGCUCACCCUCACCGGAUGUCAAAAGCUGAGCGACCUGAGUCUGGUAAAAAUGGUUACGGACAACCGUAGUCUGUUGGCUCUGGACGUGACGGCUAUCGAGGGCGUGACGGACUACACAAUGAACGCGGUGGCUAGAAACUGCUUCCGCCUGCAAGGACUAAACAUCACCAGUUGCCGAAAGAUCACAGACGACUCCUUGAUCAACAUUGCUCACCACUGCCGCCAUCUGAAGCGACUGAAGUUCAACGAAUGCCGCCAGCUCACUGCCAAUUCCAUUAUUGAGUUUGCGCGCAACUGCAAGCAACUGCUAGAGAUAGACCUCCAUGGCUGUUCCCUGGUCGAAGACGAUGCUGUGACAGCUUUGAUCAGUGAAGGCUCAAAUCUACGUGAGUUGCGCCUGGCUCACUGUUCACGGAUCACCGAUGCAGCUUUCUUGAACUUGCCCUUUGAGCGGACGUUUGAAACACUCAGGAUACUGGACUUGACAGACUGCGGUGAAUUACAGGACAAUGGUGUCAUCAAGAUCAUUGCAGCUGCCCCUCGGUUGCGCAAUCUCGUGCUGGCGAAGUGCAAACAGAUUACCGACCGAGCAGUUCUAGCCAUCACGAAGUUGGGCAAGAACCUGCACUACAUUCACCUAGGUCAUUGCCAGAGAAUUACCGACACUGGUGUCAUCCAGCUCGUGCGGUUUUGCACUCGCAUACGGUACAUCGAUCUUGCGUGUUGCACAAAUUUAACGGACAAUUCGGUCACCCAGCUAGCGCAUCUUCCUAAGCUCAAGCGCAUUGGUCUCGUGAAAUGUAACAACAUCACGGACCGAAGUAUUUAUGCUUUGGCAAAGCCGAAACAGUCCGACAUCCCGAGAGGUCCCUUGCAGCCGAGCUCGCUCGAACGUGUGCAUCUGAGCUACUGUACACAGCUGACCAUAGAGGGUGUCACGGCGCUGCUUAACAAUUGUCCUCGACUUACUCACCUGAGUCUUACGGGCGUUCAGGCCUUUUUGCAUGACGAAUUCACGAUUUUCUGCCGUGAUCCACCUCCGGAAUUCAACGACCAUCAGCGCGACGUCUUCUGCGUCUUCUCCAACAGUGGCGUCAGCCGUCUCCGGGAUUAUCUUAACCAAAACGCCAAUCCAAGCUAUGAAUCGCAUUACGACGUUGAGUCCACAAUGUACGAGGACGAUGAGAAUCCUAGUCUCUUCAAUAGUCAGAAUGACAUGAUGACUAGCCUACCUGGCAUUGGUCCACAUCAUGUCAUACACAUGCCCCCCAUCCCACCCCAUCCGCAACCUGUAACCGGCCAUGGGCAUUAUAACCUGCAGCCACCACAACCGUCUGCUCCAUCUGUGCAGCAAUUUCCCUUUCAGCAUGCGGAUGAUGGCAGUCCCACACGUCCUGACUUACCACCGUUAGUCAUUCCAGCAGCCAACCCUGGGAGCCCAAAUGCGAUGAGCCCGACAAAUGAUGCACCUUUGACGAUCGACGAUGAAGAGGUGCAAUUCGGUAGCGACAACGAAGAAACAAAUGCGCUACAUCCUGGAAUUGAUUUCUAAGACGCUCUAGGAUUUCCUUGAGCAGCUUCACUACAGUGCAACCGUUGCUCGUCGACGCGCAUCCUCUAUCACGACAUAGCCACUGGGCACCACUCUCGCACACGUAACUUGGCUAGCUAUACCCCUUUUGUUUCUUUCCAAAUCAACAUUUUAUGCAUAUAGACUUGCUUUCUAUCUUUUCUGAGCGAUUUUUUGAAGCCCCGCUCUUGAAGCGCAAGUAUAUAUGUGUCAGGCGCGAGUUGCAAGAAUAUUUCCUUCGAUACAAGGGACGCAGGUUCAUCACAGCGUUAAGAAAUGUGGGCUUGAAUUGUGGGCUUAUGGCAGCUCGGACUCCUGGCUAGCGAUUCUGGGCUGCUCCUGUCUCCUUCGUCUUAUCUCGCUUGGUUUUCUCUCCUCCAAUUGAUGUAACACAUGAGAAGGCGUUGGUCUUGAAUUCCGUGUCUCGCAGCUGCAUGAUCAGAGACGUGUUCCUGGAAGACUGGCGCUGCAGUGUGUCGAAACUAGUGUGCAAAUCAAAGGAUAGCGAUUAAUGAUUCUUGUAAUGCAUCCGUCCUCUUCCAUGAAAGGAGAAGCGAAGUAAAGUGUUUCAUUAGAAGCUAUUCCAUGCGAUUGGUAUCUUACAGGUGCAACUUUCUUGUUUUAAUGUUGCAGAUAAGCGAUCACAUAUUCA